AUGGUCUCUCUGCUCCAACAACCAUCUGAGAUCCCACUGACCCCCCCGGAGAGCCUCGAGGGAGAGCAUCGAGAAGACCUCAUGCAGACCCGAAGGGCCACGGGUUCCCCACCCCCACAAAGUGAGAACCCUGGCUUCAGCUGCCCACCCUACCCAGGCGAUGUCCAGCCAGAGCCAGAGCCCUCGAUCUCCUCCCACAGCCCCAGCCCUUCCUCCCCGUGCCCAGAGCAGCUCCAGACUCACUUCCCCACUGGACCGGGCCAGACAGCAUUCCGGCUCUCCCAGUCGGAGAAAUACCAGGGCUUCGGUUAUGAGGACGGGCCAGUGGCAGGGAGCCCCGGACGCUUCCUCAAAGGCAGCCGUGUCCCCUUCCAUCCUUACAAGCGGCAAUUCAAUGAGGACGUUUUUCUUGAGGCCCAUCCGGCCCUUGGCCUGGACGGCCACUCCUUCAAGAGCCCGGGGUGCAUGGAGACUUUUGAGGAUGUGGCCAGCGCUGGGGACACGGAACCAUUUGCCCCCAGUUUCUCGGCAGAGGCUGCUGCCUGGUGCAAUGGCCCCCACUACCCAAGCCAGGAGCACAGCCCACAAAUGAUGCACGGGUCAGAGGUCAAACUCAAGCCACCCCCUAUGGAGGGCCCACCUGGACUGUAUUGUUACCAGCCCCAGCACAUGUACUGCCCCUCACAGCCCUUCCACCAGUACUCCCCUGGCAAUGGCAAUUACCCUAUGACCUACCUCCCAUCCCCACAUUAUGCGUACCAGAGGAUCGCCCCUCAAGCCAGCGUGGAGUCUCAGCAGCCACUGUUCCCCAAGCCCAUCUAUUCAUACAGCAUCCUCAUCUUCAUGGCCCUCAAGAACAGCAAAACUGGCAGCCUUCCAGUCAGUGAGAUCUACAAUUUUAUGACUGAACACUUCCCUUAUUUCAAGACGGCCCCGGAUGGCUGGAAGAAUUCUGUCCGCCACAAUCUGUCCCUCAACAAGUGCUUUGAGAAGGUGGAGAACAAAUCAGGCAGCUCAUCCCGAAAGGGCUGCCUGUGGGCCCUCAAUCCAGCCAAGAUCGACAAGAUGCAGGAAGAGCUGCAGAAGUGGAAAAGGAAAGACCCCAUCGCUGUUCGAAAGAGCAUGGCCAAGCCAGAAGAACUGGACACACUCAUCGGUGACAAGAGUGAGAAACUUCGGUCUCCUCUAAUGCCCUGCCCACCCCAAGGGCUGACCAGCUCAGGUCCUGCCAGACCAAUGGCAUUGUGUGACCCAGCCAACCCCACUGCUGUUCCCCAGCCCCUCCACUCACUGCACCCAGCACCAGGCCCCAUCCAUGCCAAGAACCCCAUGACAGGCCUACUUGGAGGACACCCACCCUCCUGCUACCCGCAGAGCUACCCACACCUCUCACCAGCCUUGGCCCAGCCGGGGGUCCCACAAACCCUAUUCCCACCUUCAGAUGGGCAUGGUGAGCUCCGGGCUCAGUCAGGCACCCCUCAGGACUCUCCCUUACCGGCCCACACUCCACCCAGCCAUGGCAUAAAGAUAUUAUCAGAACCCUCCCCAGCCAGAACAAUGCAGGACAACCUCAUGCCAGAGGGAGACCUCAGCACUGAUAUCGACACCAUCAAUCCCUCCUUCACUGACUUUGACUUCCAGGGAAGUCUCUGGGAGGAAUUGAAAGAUGACGGCCUGGCCCUAGACCCCCUGGUGCUGGUCACAUCCUCCCCAGUGCCAUCUCACUGCUUGCCAUCCCACUGCCUGUCAGGGUCAGCAGGCAGUACCAGUGAGCUAGGCCUGCAGGGCAAUGGCGCUCCUAGUGGACUGAAUGACCUGCACCUCACUACCUUCUACUCAGCUUUAAUGGACCUGGACCCGGUGGCCCCAGCCUACCUGAACUCCACCUCCAAGCCCAUGGGACUCGUGUGA